AAAAAUCAUAGUAAGAGUCAUAGCCAAUAAAAAUGACUGGUAUUUCAACAAACUUAAUUCAUGCUGCUGAUGGACAAUCAAGAGUAACUGAUGUUGUUACACCUAUAAAUGUUGCUACAACAUAUAAAUACAAUGAUGAAAAUCUCACAAAGUUGGCAGAUUUAGAUCUUAGUACUGAUUAUUUCCGUACUCCAGUUUAUUCUAGAUUAUCCCAUCCAAACUCUGAACAGGUUGAAGAAUUAAUUGGUUCUAUAACUGACGCCCAUGCCAUUGCAUACUCUUCUGGGUUGGGUGCUAUUUUUGCAGCAUUCACUCAUUUGAAUCCAAGCAAAGUUGCCAUUGGUAAAGGUUAUCAUGGUACUCAUGGAAUUGCUGAUCUUUUUACAAGAAUAAAGGGAUUAACUCAAAUUUCAAUUAAUGAUGAUCUUAAUCAACUUGGAAAGGAUGAUGUAAUCUUUUUGGAAACUCCUGUUAAUCCAGAUGGUGAAGUAUUUGAUAUUCAAUAUUAUGCUGAUAUUGCUCAUUCUAAAGGUGCUAAGCUUGUUAUUGAUUCAACAUUUGCUCCUCCACCUUUACUGGAUCCAUUUAAAUUUGGAGCUGAUUUAGUAGUACAUUCAGCCACUAAAUUUUUCGGUGGUCAUAGUGACCUUUUGGCAGGAAUUUUACUUACAAAGGAUCCUAAAGCUAAAUUUGAACUUGUUUCUGAUAGAGUAUAUCUUGGUACAAACAUUGCUAAUCUUGAAAGUUUCUUAUUGAUUAGAAGUUUGCGUACAUAUGAGCUUCGUAUUUUGCAACAAUCUCGUAAUGCAACUGAAAUUGUGGAAUUUUUAUCUAAAAAUAGAGAAAAAUAUCCAAAUAUUACCAAAAUUACUCAUGGAUCUUUACAAACUGAAGAAUUCGUUAAAAAGCAGCAACCAAAUGGCCAUUCACCAGUCUUUGCAAUUGAACUUGAUUCUGAAGAAAAUGCAAAGGCUUUCCCUUCAAAACUUAAAUAUUUCCAUCAUGCAACUUCAUUAGGUGGGGUUGAAAGUUUGAUCGAAUGGCGUGCUAUGAGUGAUAGUUCAUGCAGCCCUAAACUCUUACGUGUAAGUGUUGGUAUAGAAAAUGUGAAGGAUCUUAUUGCUGAUUUCCAACAAGCAUUAGAUACUCUUUAGAAUUUAUAGAAC